AUGGUGUCGCUGCAGUGCUAUGCGCCUGGGGAGCUUUCGCGGUACAUGCUUCAGACGAUGCUUGUUCCGAUGAUCACCGUGGUGCUGGCCAUCAUUCACGGCUUCUACAUUCUAUCAAUACGUUCCACGAACGCGAAGCUCGAGAUGCUGGUGGGAGCUCUGGGCUCGAUCUUCAUCACCUUCUUCAUCACGCUUUGCUCGGCAAUUUUGGCUCCCUUCCGGUGCCAUGUGCAUCCAAAUGGCCUGUGGACGGUGCAGGACUAUCCUGGCGCCUUGUGUAAUGGCGAAGACACACAUUUUUGGAUGGUGCUCGUUGGGCUUGCCACGUGCUGCAUGCCUGUCGCAUUCUUCGUCGUGUGCUGUGUGGUAUUGAUUCAGCUCCCAAAUCGCCUGCUGCAAGCAGACGUGCGCUUCAUCCGGAACACGUCCUUCUUGCUCAUUCGCUAUCGCCCUGGUGCGGAGCGAUUCGCCAUUUUCCACUUGGCACGCAACGCCCUUGUGGUUCUUUGUCCUUUGGUCACGUCGCCAUCAGGCCGUGUCCUGGGGAUGAACGCAUUGAUCCUGCUUUCCCUGAUCAUGACGGCAGCUGUCAGACCUUGGCGCAUGGAAGAGUGCAACUACCUGGAGCUGCUGGUUCUUACCGGCAUGCUUGUCAUUCUCGACGCAGGGUCCUUGUACAUGCAGAAGGUGGACAGCGAGGUGGUCACGACGAUUUGCAUGGUGGUUCUGUGGGUCAUGAGUCUCUCUGCAGUUCUGGCGGGCCUGAUCUUUGGAGUUGGAAAGCACUUGAAGGUGAACUACAAGAAGCGCUUUCAAUUCUUCCUGUGCCACCACAAGAAGUCCUCCGGCGCUUUGGCGCGCCUCCUGAAGAUGACCUUGGCGCCCCUUAAAGAGACGGAGGGAGGCGGAGACGUCUUCGUUGAUUGCGACGACCUCACAGACUUGACCAGGCUCUUCGGGUAUGUGGCGCACGAGACAGCGACAUUCGUGAUCUUGGGCAGCCCACACGUCCUUACGCGCAAAUGGCGCCCUGGCCCGUUUGGCCCCCCCUCCUCGGUUUAG